GUUGGACAUAUCGUCUGCAAUCAUCGAGCGCGUCGAGGGUAUGCCCGAGUCGUGCGAUUACGUGUACAUCGGUGCCGUGUUGAGCGUGGUUCUAUCACUCGUUCCUGCCUUCUGCCGCCUGUGUGAGGCGACCGUCGACUCCACAAACUCAACCGAGGUUAACUUUCUGCACAUGCCGGUCAUACUGCUGGAGAAAGCAUCAUUUUCGCUGCUGGCCAUCCUACGGUUCGCGUUCGGUAACACCGGCUGGGAACGGUUCGUUCUCCUGUUGAGCUUCUCACUGCGGCUCAUUCUCACCUUUCUGGUGUUCUUUCUGUUGGCCGUUGCCGAGCGCACGUUCAAGCAACGGUUUCUGUACGCGAAACUGUUCUCACAUCUUACUUCGUCACGUCGAGCGCAAAAGUCUGCCAUUCCACACUUUCGGCUGAACAAAGUUCGUAACAUCAAGACGUGGCUGUGCGUACGUUCCUAUCUGAAGCGCCGUGGCCCACAGAACUCGGUCGAUGUGAUCGUAUCCGCGGUGUUCGUUAUCACGUUGCUGCUGCUGGCGUUUCUGAGCGUCGAGUGGCUGAAGGACUCGGUACAUCUGCACUCCCAGUUUAAUCUGGAGGCAUUAGCGUGGUCCUGUGCGUUCGGUACGUUUCUGCUGCGGUUUAUGACACUCGGUACGAAGAUCAACAAAAAGUAUAAAAGCGUGUCGGUACUCAUCACGGAGCAGAUCAAUCUCUACGUCCAGAUUGAGCAGAAACCAAACAAAAAGGAAGAACUAAUGAUUUCAAAUAAUGUACUGAAGCUAGCAGCAGAUCUCCUCAAGGAGCUAGAAUCUCCGUUCAAAAUAUCCGGUCUCAGCGCGAACCCGUAUCUCUACACAACCGUCAAGGUGGUGAUCCUAUCGGCCCUUUCCGGGGUGCUCAGCGAAAUGCUUGGUUUCAAGUUGAAGCUACACAAAAUUAAGAUAAAGUAGACACAGCAGUAGUUGGUUGAUUCACCAUGAUACCACUUGUUCGAGUGUGUGAUCUGAUUGUAUUUCCUAACACCUCAAGAGCAAUGUCUCGGCAUCGCUGCUGAGUUGUAUUGAUGAUCUGUUCGCCGUUUAGAGAACCCGUUUUGCCUAAACUAGCGUAUACUAGCGUACACACUCAUGACCUGAUGGGGCACCUGUCGAUCCUCAAUGUUGGCGUCGAAUACUCGACAUCCCACUACUUCCCUUCCACUCCUUCACCUCCUCCUCCUUCUUCGCGCACGCAUUGCGAUGUGAGAUGCAAAUGAUAAUGGCUGAGUAGUUGCAAACUGCUACUGGUAAAACAACUAUACAGGGUAUAGGCGAGACAUUCACUAGGCACCUUCGAUCCGUUGAUCGGCGUUUGUGUGUAGCUGAGCGUUGAGUCGUAGUUGCCAGACCGUACACAGUGCGGACAAGGGUAGCGAACAAGCCGUUAGAACUGACACAUAAUAAUAAUAGUAGUUUAUUUUUCUAUAGACACUUGCAUGUUAGCUUUAGAGAGAUUUUAUCAUUGCUCCCCGAACACUAGCGGUCGUGGUCUUGUGCACGCCAUUUUAGAAAUGGAAAGAUCGCGAUGGUUAAUGGUUGUUACGUCGUACAAUGUUGUGCAUUUAUGUAGCCUGGGCUAGGCAGGGGGUAGCACUGUUAGGAGUGGUAGGAAGCAAAUGGCUAACCAAUUGGCCAAUCUCAUCCUGCCUGCAUCGGGCGUUGACUGGCUGCCGAAUGAAUCUGUGUUUCGAAACUUUAGCUGAUGAUAAUUAGGAGAGAGGAAAGAGAAUAUUUAGUAGCAAAACCAAGGUUAAAUCUAUUUAAUGCUAUAGAAAUAAAAGUUAAUACAUCUUUAGAAAGCAAUA